ACCACUAAAACUAUAUAUCCUACUUUUAUACUCUUUAUAGUGGUGUUUAGCAGUUUAGUUUAUAGGUGAUUUAUCGGCAUUCAAAACAAUAACUAGGAACAGGGUGUACAAACUUUCAUACACACAAUAUGCAUAAUCUCGAUUCAGACAGUGAAGAUGAACUUCCUCCUGGCUGGGUAGAAAAGUCAACUGACGAUGGAAAUGUUUACUUUGUCAAUUCUGGCACAAAUAAAAUCCAAUGGACUCAUCCCAGAACUGGCCGAAAGAAAAUUAUUCCACAAGAUUUACCAUUUGGUUGGACAAAAACUGUCGACGAAACUGGCAAAACUUUGUACGUGCAGCAAGAAACCGGUAACAAAACGUAUGUAGAUCCCCGGUUAGCAUUUGCCACUGAAGAAAAGAAGCAUGUUAAUGAUUUUCGUCAAAGAUUUGAUUCAUCUACUACUGCAUUUCAGGUUCUACAUGGAAUAGACUUAUCUGGGAAAUUUGCCUUAAUCACUGGCUGUAAUGCUGGAAUAGGAUAUGAAACUGCUAAAUCACUGGCAAGGCAUGGUUGUAACAUUCUAAUGGCAAACCGCAACAUGGAAGCUACUAAAAAAGCAAUAGCUGACAUUGUCAAAGAAACCAAUGCAUCAGAGGAUAAUCUAAAAUCUAUUCAUUUAGAUUUAGCCUCAUUGGAGAGUGUGAAAAAAUGUGCGAUGACUGUGAAGACUAUUUUUUCAGAUUAUCUGGACAUAUUAAUAUUGAAUGCAGCAGUAUUUGGAUUGCCAUACACAGAAACCAUUGAUAAACUAGAAACUACAUUCCAAGUUAAUUAUUUAGCUCAUCUAUACUUUACUCUGUUACUGGAACCAUUGUUGAAGAAAGGCACUAGAGUUAUUUUUGUAUCUUCAGAAUCUCAUAGAUUUGCCUCAUUGCAAAAUGUAUUUACUCAGCAGAAUGUUGCAAUGACCAGAGAUUCAUAUAGUUCUAUGAUGGCAUAUAACAAUUCCAAAUUAUAUAUGGUUAUGAUAGCUAAGAUUUUAAGUGAAGAAUGGCGGGAUAAACAAAUAUGUGUAAACUCUCUUCACCCAGGGAACAUGGUCUACACUAAUCUUAGUAAAUCCUGGUGGUUAUUUAGGCUUUUGUUCUUCAUUGUUAGGCCAUUUACAAAGUCAAUGCAACAAGCAGCAGCAACAACAGUCUAUACAGCAGUAGCAAGUGAAUUAGAUCAUGUAACUGGAUUAUAUUUCAAUAACUGCUACUAUUGUGCUCCUUCUGAACUCUCUCGGGACGAGGACUUAGCAUGGGAGGUCUUCACCUUAUCUUUAAAAAUCAUAGAAGAACGUAUGGGAUCGGAUGGCAUUCAAAAAUAUAUUUACAAAUGCAUGACAAGACUUAAUGGUGAAAAGAAAUAAUAUUUACACAUAUGGUGUAUUAAAAGACAUACUGUGAUUUGUUUAUAACAAUUUAAGGAAAAUA